UUCCCUCCCAAACCAAUAAAUCCAAAAAAAAAAAAUCAACAUUUCAAAAAUAUAUGCCAUCUUUCUCAUUUUCAAUUUCUUUCCAUAACUCAACGUUACAAAAUCUCUUCCUAUCCUCCAAUUAUUACAACAACAUUAAUUCAUUCCUUCAUUCAAAUUCAAUUCAACCACAUUUUCGCUUCAAUUCAUGGAAGCCGCCGCCGAAACAGAGGCGGCUUUCAAGCCGGCUCAUUUGGUGUCUUUCUCUCCAACACCCUCUUCAACACUCAACAAUCGGCGUCUCUCAAGCCAAUUCUCCAAGCCGAGUAGCCCAAUUCGAGCCGGCUCAACAAAGAAGAAGACUUUGGCUUGGGUUUCUCUUCAAGGUCGGCUUGUUGGAGCCGAUGAAGCUACCUCGGCUCAAGCCAUUGGCGGCGGCUUAAGCCGAGAGGAAGCCGUUGGGUGGGAGCUCUUUAGCCCUAUUCAUCGUGUUCUUAUUGUUGCUGUUGUUGCUGUUGCUGCUGCUAAAUGUGAGAAGAAUCGCCAGAUUUUUCAACUCAGAAAAUGUGUUCAACUCAGGGAUGAUAUAUUGAUGAGCAUGCAGCAAAAGCUUGAUGAUUUGUGUGAGCAAAUGAAUUCUAUGAAAGAUCAGCCUCAAGCAAUAGUUGAUUCUUCAGCAUCCAAGAUAAUGGAAUUUUCGUCUAGAAGAUCAUCUUUGGCCAGCAAAUCUGACUCUAUGUGCACAGACUGCUGGUUCUGUGAUCAACGCCGAGCUGAGUUGAAUGAUGUUUCUGGAAAUUCACUUGUGAAAGCUGCUAGUUGUGACGAGAUGUUUAAAAAUAGACUCUCUAUUUCUAAUGAAGCAGAACAGGAGGAACGUCGUAUGUCAGAUUUGUCUGAUUGGGCUUCAAGUGUCACUUCAGUGGCAGAUUUACAACUGAAUAACUUAGCAAUAGAGCAAGAUACUUAUAAUCUUAAGAGGGAAUGUGAAGAAAAGGAUGCUGCUAUAAAGGACUUUUCUUCUUUUAUUCGUUCAAAGAUGUUGUCACUUCUAAAGUAA